AUGCCGCUCCCACAGACUCCAUUUCACUGCCCUUGGCUGACCGUUUCCUGGCGAGGGACGGAUCCCGGCAUCGCAGAGGCCGCCGGCAUGAUGCCCGGCGGCAGGCCUCGAGAGUUCACCAGCUGGGCAAAGAAUCUGGUGGUGGAAAUGUCUCGCCACUUGGGAAUCGAAGUGUCGAUCUCCCAGCGAAGGAUCUUGCUGCGCGAAGUGCUCAAGGAGGAUCGGCUUGUCCAGCGCGUGGCCUUGUCGAGCACACGGCAAGCGCUCAGGCUUCUCACAUUGCUUCAUCUUUGCCGAUGGCCUUUCGAUUCCUCUUUCCGCUGCGCCUUGCUCCAAUUUCCGCGAGAGGCUCAUGCUGAGGACCCGCUGUGGGCCACAAUUUGCGUUCGCGAGAGCGUUCCAUGGAGAAGCCUCACCCGACAUCCUGAUGUCUACCAUCAACAGACUCAUCUGCUUGCAGUAAAGCUGGAUGCAGCUGAAUUGAAGCUAUUGAAGCUGGAAGGCCGAGUCAUAGCGGAAACCCUUGCCAAUGGCAAGGUGCAAAGAGGCUGGCGCUUGUGUCCUGGAGGUGAUCUUCCAAGACCCGAGAAGAAGUCGGACUUCGCGGCUCAGCUCUUGGGCGUCGAGACCAGUAACUCCUCCGAAGAAGCAGCCGACUUGCUGGCUGCUGCAUUUGCAUCGCUGGCAGCAAAGUGCGCAGAAGAUAGCAGCGUGUCCGCAACGCUCUUCUUUGAAAAGGUCACCAAGGACGAGUUCACUGCACAGAUGGCCCAGCGUCGAGCAAUGAUGGUUGACCUUUGCUUCCAGGCUCACGGUGAUGCAGACUUCCUGAAAGAUAUCAUUGAAGUGCCACGGCAAGCGCACAUGCAGACCGAGGCCAUGCUACUAGGCGCAAGCCUUGCACGCUUGGCUGUGGUCAAGGAGGUGCCUGUUCAGCCAAGUGAGACUGCCAUGGCACUUCAGGAAGCAAUGAAGGCUCUUCAUGGUUCCGCAGAGGUUGUGGCGCAGCUAGCUGGAACUCCCAGCGAUUGGCUGUUUCAGCAACAUUCCAGGUCGUUCGGCCGAGUGCUGUGCAAUGAGCCGGUUGGCGACGUCGUGGAAGCUUGGCGAGCGUUGUCUUCCGAAGACAAGAUUGUCAACGAUGCUGAGUACUUCACUGAUCAAUUCUUGUCUUUGAGUUUUUAUGGUAGAGUCAUUGCAUCUGCAGAAGCAACGUCUUUGAGCAUCGAAGGUCCAUUGUUGGCCCGGCACGUGCUGGUGAAUUUCAGCUCCAGCGAGCCAUCUGUGCGCCUUUGGGAAGCCUUUCCGGUGCUCUCCAAGCCUGGCCGCUUUGCUGCCCAACUCUGGGGAAUGUUGCGCUUCGAUGACAGCCUGAAGUCCUUUGGAGAGGCCCGAGAUGCGAUGGCCCAUGGCUUCUUUCGAUGCUAUUGCCAGGACGCUGUACACGCUCAGGAACUCCGCUUGCGGCUUCACCUUGUGCUAACUCUUCUGGAGUUGAUUUGGUUCAGAAGGCAGUGUGCAAGGAACAAAGUGGUGGAUAUGUGCCCAGAGCUUCCUGCGGAGGUCGGCCUACGUGAAGCUCUACGCCAGGAGGUGCUGGAGACGGCGUCAGCCUGGAAGCGCCUUCAAAAGAUCCAGAGGGAUGCAGCUGAAGAGUCUGGUCGACUUGAUUGCUGUUUUGGGAACCCACAGGGGCAUGCCUGUGAUCGCAGCCCCACAAGCUGCCCCAGCUGCCUAUGUGCGAGCACCUGUGACGACGACAGUGACAUCCCACAAGCUGCCUUUGCUGCACCAGUCAAAACCAUCUCAGCAGCCGCUGAAUCUGCAGAAGCAGUACAUACCUCAAUUCUUCACCCGGAAAAUCACUGUACUUCGAUGGAAGACAAGUAG